AGAUGAUGCGCAUUGUAACAAGAGUUUCAUGCUACAUAAGCGAAACAAUGUUGAAUGAUUAGCUAAAUAAUCAACAAAUGAAUUGUAUCAACUUUUCGGACCUUGUGAAUAAGCCUGAAAAUUGCUGCCUUAAUAUUGAUCAAAUGAUUUAAAUAUAGUCGUCUUCAGGUGAAGCGGUUGAAUGUACUUUUAAACACAGAUCAUUUCUGAAAUAAUUUGAACGAGUUGAAAAUCGAAUUUUUGUAAUAAAACUUCACAGGGACUUGAAAUUCACCCAUGAACUAUGAAAUGAAAUUUGUUGGUGCUGCGAUAAUUUAGAUAGACGUUUGACGUUUGUAUUUAACGCUGCUAAACGGGGUGGUCGCCAGCCUUCUGCUGCUUGAACGUUGUUUGCGUUAUCGAGGGAGCGCGAGAAAAAUUUAUAAUCACUCUUGCCGUUUUGAGUAUAGAAUCGCUGUGAGUAUUAUCGUAAUUACGAGCGUGUUGGAAAAAGCGCGGGUUUUGUGCAGUGAGGUUGAGUGUAGUGCAAGUAAGUGGUCGUCGCUCCUCAUGGAAUUAUGGUAGAAGCUUCGUCAUCACACACGUCACAAUGAGAGCGCGAAGAAACUGGAUUUACUUUGCUCUCCUCCUAUGCUGCGCUGCGCAUCUUGCGGAGUGUCAGCAGAAACAGCACUUCCGUAAGCGACCCUCCGACCUGCAGGUGAAGCAAGGCUCCACCGCCGUCCUCAAGUGCGAAGUGGGCAACCAGGGCGGCCGCGUGCAGUGGGCUAAGGACGGCUUCGUCCUAGGUUUCAAUAGAAGUAUACCGACAAACGAGCGCUAUGAGAUGGUGGGCGAAGCGUCAGCGGGGGAGCAUCACCUGCGCAUCUACAACGCGACGCUCGUAGACGACGCAGACUUCCAGUGCCAAGUGGGGCCAGCGGACGGUCAUGCUGCCAUCCGCGCUACCGGUCACCUCACCGUCCUCAUGGCACCGACGAGCGUCACCCUCAAAGGUCGAGGACGCGAGGACAUGCUUGAAGUGACCGAGGGAGAGGAGGUCACACUCGAGUGUUUGGUUGAGGCGGCUAAACCUGUUGCAUCUGUCAUCUGGUACCGCAAUGACAGGCGUAUUGCGCUUGAAACAAGGGAAGACACACAAUCAGAAUCGCACCUUCACCGCCGCCACAACCUCCUGUCGAAGAUCACAGUGCGCAUGUCGGCAGAGGACCACGGCACUGUCUUCUCGUGUCAAGCCGAACAUCCCGCCCUUGAUCUGCCGAAAGUCGCUUCCGUCAGAAUUUCCGUCUUAUACCCUCCUGGCCCCCCGAUCAUCACAGGCUACAGCGUUGGCGAGACCAUCAGCUCCGGGGACGAACGCACUCUGAGCUGCGCCUCUCGUGGCGGCAACCCUCCAGCCAAAGUUUUGUGGUUUCGCAACGGCGAGAAUAUCGACAGCAGUGAUCGACCGUUCGACGGGGGUAGCCUCAACGACUACAAGCUUGUGGCGAAUUCCAGCGACAACGGUGCCGUGUUUACGUGCCAAGUUAUGAACAAACUCACAGAUGUUCCUCUAGAGGCUUCGGUUACUCUCGAUGUUCAAUUUCCCCCCGAUCACGUGCAAGUGACGGGCCCUGCCAUAGCCCGUGUGGGGGAAAAUGUCACCCUGACAUGUCUUACCGAGAACUCCAACCCGCCCGCCACGAUCUCGUGGGUGGUGGACGGUCAGCCUCACCGCAGCUCUGGUGACCGCAGGGAGAAGGCCAGCGCCGGAGGAUGGCACACUAUCAGUUCUAUCUCUGUGAUUGUUCCGUCCGUCGAUAGAGAUAUGAUGUUCACUUGCCAUGCCACCAAUCAAAACAUAGGAACCACCAAAGUCGACACCUACACCCUGUCUGUUCUAAGACCGCCACAACCUCCCGUCCUGUACGGCUACAGCGAAGGUACAGGUCUCCAGGAAAACAAAGAGCAAGCCAUCAGCUGCGUGUCGCGAGGUGGCAACCCGCCCGCCAAACUCCAAUGGUACAGAAACGGCCAGAAAAUACCCAGCGAAAGUCAUUUCGUGGGCGACGUGAGCACCGCAGAAAUCGUCUUACUUGCUCAAGCACAAGACAACGGGGCCCAGUACCGCUGUGAAGCAUUCAACUCAGCGUCGGCCUCACCCGUGAGCGUCUCUACAACACUCAUAGUACACUUCCCGCCCCAAGAUCUUCAGGUAGCGGUGGCCCCUGAGAAGUUGAGUGCCGGCACCUCAGCCGUGUUGACUUGCCGAGCUGGCGCGUCGAACCCCGCGGCCGUCAUCACGUGGUUCAGAGGAGGUUAUCAAGUGCCCAGUAAAGUUAUCGAGACCGCUGUGGCUGCCAAUGGGGGUACGCGUGUCACCAACGUGCUCAAGCUGAACUUGACCGCCGGCGACGACGGCUUGGACUUCACAUGUCGCGCCACCAACCUUGCCAUGCAGCUCGAUCUUAACGAAACUGUCACUCUCGACGUCAGAUAUUCUCCGGAGUUUCUGUCGGCACCUCCCCCGUCAGUGGACAUUGAGGUUGGUGGUUCCAUCACCCUGAACUUCACAGCCCAUGCAAACCCAAGUCUCGUGACGUACUCCUGGAACAGACUCGGAGCGCCGCUGUCCAAGCCUGUGAUGGAAGACGCUCGUCGCAGCCCUUACGGCAUGAGCCAGAGCUUCGGCCACCGUCGCUUCCAACAUGACGGCCACGAUGGUGUGGUCGCUGAGGGGCCUUACCUGUUCCUACGCAACGUACAAAUAGAACAUGGAGGAGACUAUGAGCUCGAGGCCUCCAACCAAGAAGGCGUUACACUUGCCAAGGUCCACGUCAAUGUGCAAUACCCACCUCGUAUCCAGUAUACGAGCGGUCUCGUUACCGUGUCCGAAGGCGACGAAGCCACUCUGGAAUGCACGGCUGAAGGCAACCCACUGACUGAAGCCAUGAUGCUCUGGCGUCGCCCCAACUACCAUUUCUCCGGCACUCGUCAGACCUUCGACAAUAAGAAGGCUGCCCUCACGGUGUUAUCGGCGAACAAGAACGACACUGGAGUGUUCGUUUGUGAAGUUAAUAAUGGAAUUGGUUCACCGUCAACUGCCAACGUCACUCUCAUCGUCCGGAGCAAACCGCAAAUUGACAGGUCACAGUUGCUGAGUCGGGCAGCCACAGACCUCGGGCUCACGGGUGUGCUGGAGUGCAUCGCGCAAGGAGCCCCUGAGGUGCGCUUCAGCUGGCGUCGAGAAGGCGACCUUCUCUCCAAUGGAGCCAAGCCGGAAAAAUACGACAACGAAACCAGCAAGAUCGGGCUCGUUACUUGGAAAUCAUUGUUCUUCAUCCGUAAUGUGAACGAGGGCGAUUACGGCUAUUAUGAGUGCGUGGCCGAGAACGAGCUCGGUGCUUCUCCCUUCACUAUCCAAUUCACACCGCCCACAAUUCCUGAACCUCCGUUGGCUCUCAAGGUGCUGAACACCACUCACGACUCCGUUAUGCUGUCGUGGGUGCCAGGAUUUGACGGCGGCAAGCCUCAGUACUUCAGGCUGCGGUAUCGGCCCAAAGACUCGUCGCAUUAUCAGUGCCUUGACGUGUAUCAGUCUGGCGUGUAUUCCCAGUCCGUUGCGGGACUUGACCUCGACACCGAGUAUUACUUUUCAAUCAAGAGCUACAAUGAUAUGGGAGAGAGCGAGUACAGGGGCGAGUUCGUCCGAGCUCGAACUUUGAGCGAAGCGCCGCCGACUCCCGUGCCUUCUUCCAAUGUUGGUCGGGAGGCUGGCAGUAGCCAUGCACGAGUGCCUGGUCUUUGGGUCAUCAUCAUAGUUCUCGUUGCUACUGCAUUGCUUGCUCUCAACGUAUCUGCAAUAGUGUGCAUUAUAAGGCGACGCAGGAACAAACGCGCUUCUUCACCACAAUCCAAGAAGCAACAUCUCCACUCUUCUUCCUCUCCUAAAGGCAUCGCACUAUCUUCCACUUCCCCUCACCUUACGAGAUCGGGCAGCGACCAAGGGAGCAGUAAGAGCACCACUAACACCAUGUACGCACCCUCAUCCUACAAUGACACCGUUGUUGGAGAAACACUCAGCUCCAUCUCCGAAAAAUCAAGAGAGUCUUAUACCCAAGAAGACAGUGUUGGCGAGUACGAGAGGCGCUUACCAAAGACGACUCGCAUAAUCUAUGUCUUUGAGCGCCGACCGGACGAACAAGGUCAUCACAAGCACGGAGGAUCAGCGUAUCUCAUUGACCAAAUCGAACCUCCGCCUGAGUACGCAAGUCAAACUCCGUCCCAGCCUUCGUCUGCCGCCUACAAUCCUCAUGAAGACGACUACGCUGAAGUUUUGCGCAGGAAUGCCUACAACCAUCAACUGGGUAAAGUGACUCCCCGGCCUCCUUCACGCGCCACUCACUACAGCGCUUCUCCCGAAAGCCAUGGAGCGUAUCUCACUUACUCCUACACGCCGUCACCCACCGGCAUCCCAAACGGGGCUCCUUCACAGUACCACGCGCCCAAUGUUACAUUAGGCCUUCAUAAUUUUCCUGAGUCACAUGCACCCGUUGGGCCCGAUAUAGACGAAACAACCUAUCAGGCGUUAGGUUUAGAUUCGGCUCUCCCGCCACCAAUGCACAUGAUGGGAUCCAUGGGCUUGGAACAACAUUCAAUCCCCUCCGAGCCCUCAAGUCUGACGAUGGACCCUCAUUCCAUCACUAUCGACCAUCACAAUGCCUUGAUCGGUUCCGAUGGCCUCAGACACAACGACGCUCCUCUCUCUACUUUUCAACCUGGAGGAAGAUCUGUUAAUUAUCCACCUGCUCCACCUUCCCCUCCAGACCCUUCACAUAUGGAGGGACAUUUAGUAUGACUGUAAUUUGUGCACAUUAAAAAGCGUCUUAUUCGUGUAGCGACUGUAUACCUAGUAGAGACAUUACUUCAAGCUUUCGGAGAGAAAGCUUUUGUUUUGGUUACGAAUCAAAUGAAGAUUAGUUAUUAUUAAUUAAGCAGUAUAGUCGAAGACUACAGCCCGUCAUUAUUUAGGCUCGGUUUUCGCUAUGAUAUGGUGCUCAAGGGACGAGGCAGUAGAAUGGAUAAUGUUGAUGACAAUGUAUUUAUAAGUAUUCUUAGAACGGCCAAAGAUUAUAAAUUGCUUCCUGUAGAUGCGUUAAAAUUGUAUAAUAUGAUCCGGUCGUUCGGUUCGUCGCUUUUAUUCAAGCGAACUCGGACAUCAGGAUACUGUAAAGCUAAUGAAAGGCUAUACCCUUUUAACUGUAUUUAUAAGAAUUGUUACGGCACCACUCACCGUUCCCGCUGUCUUCCAAUUGCCCAGUAAAAUAGAAGAUUAUUCAACAUCUUGCCCUGUCAAUUACGUCGAGCCAUCCCGAUGAUGUGCUGUUGAAGCUGUCCCGGGGCACGUAAAAGUUACAUUUUCUUAGAAAUUUUGGUACUUUGCUACGCGAUACUUUCAGUGUUCUUCAGCCACUAACAAGUGCGUUCGAUUACGAGUAUGCUUGAGCAAAAUCGUUCGUUCAUCAUUAUUAUUUUUUCUUGGGUGAAUCGCUCUUCAAAUCUAUUUUUAUCCUAUCGAUGAACAUCAAUUUAAGCAUGAAAAUCAACAAGUUGAAAUUCUUCGGUUUAUUGUAAGAGUGUGCUAAGCUCUUCUGAAAACAUGGCAUCAAAUUCAACUCCGUCUAACUUGCUUGGAAUUAUUUGUGUCGUGAAAUUGCGUAGUUUUUAUGGGUUUCAAUUUAUUUAAAUUUACACUUUCGGGGAACUUCAUGCCUAUCAACCAUGUAAUAUGACACGUGCUCUGUUAGGCUCUGAACUUUUCACUCUAUCUCUGCUAUUGCAACUUAGCUCAUUUUUUUUAUUGAAAAUCGAGUCUCGUAACUGUUAUCUUGCCCGUUAAAUUCGAGAUUUUAAGAUAAUGUGCUCUCCAAUACAGAUAUUGAUUUUUUCAUUCAACCCUUCUAUACGUAUCCACGGCGACUGCUCAUUCUCCCACGUGUACACCUGCUCCCACUUUUUGUCCCUUUCAAUACAUCGUUCAACUUCCCCAAGCCCGAAUUUUGCUCAUCAUCCCCCUUUCCCGCCACCCUACAUACCCUCUCCCUCCCCUCUCUCUCUGGAAUGGUCAACGUGACUCUCCCUUCCCAUCCCCAAACUCCAAACGGCCGCCAUUGUGAAUGGCAUCCCCCUCUUUCCCUCCCUCCGCCCAUGCUCGAUUCAUCUCUCCACUUUUAUUUUUUAUUAGGGUUCACUGAAUUAUUUAGGUUUAUUUUUUUCUUGUAUCUGCAUCCUUCUCGUUUUCUCAUUUCUUUCUUUUUCUGUGUCAUUUUCAUUCGUUUGCAAUUCUCCAGCGCCACUCUUUACUCCGCGUCGAGCCCAAACUCGCAGUCUGGCGUUCUUCAAAUAUACGCAGGCGAUUGUCACCCGCGUUUUGUUUCAGCGCUCUGUUGGUGUGCCAGACGAGGCCUUUGUUAUCACCUCACUUGUGUUGUCGGUCAUUCAUACGCCACCGAUAUUGUCUGCAAGAUGAGCCUCAACAAAGACGCUUGCAAUUGAUUCCACACUGUUGUUGUUCGAUGACGUCAUUCAAAUAACCUCCUUUGUGUGCUCCAAAGAAACUGGGGCUAUAUUUUUUAAUUUAGAACCGGAUUAUCAAUUGGAGACAAAUCUUGCUCAAAGUGGUCAUUUAUUUAUGUGAACAAUGUAUUUGAGUUGAUUUAAUUAAUGUUUUUUGGGAGACUAAUUAAAAUACUUGUGGAAGUUCGAACGACUGUUUCCAAAUUCCAAAGGUUUUUUUUUACAAUGGUAUUUGAGACGUGCUUCUUAAUUCUGCUUAUUUUAAAUUAAUCACAAGAAUAUCGGAACUUGUUUGGCGCGUAAACCCUCAAAGUUUGCAGUUUCUAUGUCUAAUGUUGUGAAUGGCGAAUUCCUAAGUUUUCAAUCAACCUUCAUUUAUCUAUGUUACAAAAUGUCGGGUGUUGUGGGAGGAAUUCAGCAAUAUGAAUUUCAUUAGAUUGUACUCACUGCAGUGCAACGAAUUUUUGCUAAAGGUUAAUCUAUUGUGGAAUGAAAAAUUUUGUGUUAAAGCGAUGAAACAACUUUUGCACUCUGGUCUAAAUGAAAUUCGUUAUUUUUAGUAUGAUGCACAUCAUAAAUGAACUUUCACUUACUUUACUAAAUAUUGUUUUUUCUUUACAUGAAUGUUCGCUCACUAAACGUAUUUCUUCGUUUUGAUAACAAAAUGAGUUAUAUCCUUCUAUUAUUGUCAAAUGCCAAUUUACUGCUGUGGAAUCACGGUUCCUUAGAUGAAACAGAUUUUUGAAGUUGAGGUCUCAUCGAUAAAAUGUUGAACGGUGGCCCUCAAUGAACUGAAUGUUACUUGAUGAUAACGAAUGGUUCUUGCGUAUAGUAUUCACUAAUUGUGUGUGAACGAACAUUGUAUGUUAAGCCGAGCAUUCAUCAUAAGCAGUUUGUACAUAGUCGUUGGAAUUAACCUCGUAACAUUUAGGUAUGUUAUGCUAGUCAAUGUUUCAGCAUUGUAAAUAUCGAUUUUGUAAGAUAAAUUUUCCGAUUAUCACUUUUGAUCAAUUAUCAAUUUUGCGAAGAAAUGAACCUUUUUUAUACAACGAAGGCAGUUGAGAAAUGCUCUUUAUACCAAUCAAAUGAAUAGCCAUUUUUCAUUCUAAGCAAAUGAUGCCUUUUUUAUUGAUUUUCAUGUAAUCGGAGAAGCGUUUAUAGCUUGCCGCAAUCAAAAUAUUGUUGAAGGUCUUGUCGGCCUCAUUAAUUUGUUGAAGACUCGGUGUAAAUAAAUCAUAUUUAUAACUGAAUAAUCACGCUUUCGGUAAUAGCGUUACCGAAUUUCGCUGACAUAUUGGCGUGUAUUGUUGGAACACAGCCACGUGAACGAGGUGUGCUGGAGCGUUUGCUUUGCAGAUUGAUAUAUACACUUCACAUACAUACACCCUUCAUCCAUUUCGUAUACACCCUUCAUACACUUCGUAUACACCUUUCAGUAGCAUACGACAGAUUUUAUGAUGGAGCAAUGAUUCAUAGCCCGAUAUAAAGGAGCCUAAAUUGGAAGCACUCAAUUUGUAUAAUUUAUCACGGACUUUUAAUUCGUUAUUGACGCUGUACAUAUGACCUCAGUGAUACCGAUUCUUUAAUCAAAGUUAGAGUAAUGAAGAAGCCGUGUUCGUGAUCGUCGUGUGCCAAUUGUUCUACAAUACAAUUGAUGAGUUACUACAGAGUCACUACGUAUUUAGUGACGUCUCGGUAAUAGAUCAAACCAACGCCUCCAUGGUAACUCAACUGCCAGUAACCCUGAGCCAUGGCAGUGACUUGGAUUUAACAUGUAUUCCCUGACGUAACACAAAAAAUCCAAGAAUUUCAUUACUCGAACAUACUUCGCGGCAUAGCCGAGAGCGCACAUUGCCUUCAAAUAUUAUGGGAUCCUGAUUUGAUUAAAAAUCUAUUUUAAUAAUUUACACUCAGACCAAUAUUGCUACCACCAUGUAUGCUUCAUUCUUACUGUUAUUCAUUCGUCCCAAAUGAUGUGAAUUUAGUAUGUUAUCGAAAUAAUUUUCAUAGCGUUAUGAAUUUAUUAAUUAACGUAUUCGUGUAAAAUAUGUACAUGUAUGAAUAGAUCGUUUUGUAAAAACUGAAGCAUUAAAUGAGUGGGU